AUGGGGUCCCAGACAUUGCAAAUCCUCCGGCAGGGGGUGUGGGCCGCACUCAGCGGCGGCUGGUACUAUGACCCACACCAAGGCACCUUCGUGAACGCGCUGCACCUCUACCUGUGGCUGUUCUUGCUCGGCCUGCCCUUCACCCUCUACAUGGCCCUUCCUUCUUCCAUGAUUAUAGUAGCAGUUUACUGUCCAAUGAUAGCUGCUAUCUUCAUUGUUCUGAAGAUGGUCAAUUACCGCCUGCACAGAGCACUUGAUGAAGGAGAAGUUAUAGAGAAGAGUGCUAAUGAACUCACUGAUCGGGGAACCAAACCUGAAAAAGACAGCUGUUCAAUCAGAAGAAAAGAUAGCAAUGGACCUAGUGACCCUGGUGGAGGUAUUGAAAUGUCUGAGUUUAUUCGAGAGGCUACACCCCCAGUUGGUUGCAGUUCACGAAAUUCUUAUGCUGGUCUAGACCCAAGCAAUCAGAUUGGAUCUGGCUCACCUCGACUUGGAACAGACGCAACCAUCAAAGGAGAUACAGAUACUGCCAAGACUUCUGAUGAUAUCAGUCUAAGCCUCGGACAGAGUUCUAGUUUGUGUAAAGAAGGAAGUGAAGACCAAGAUUUGGCAGCUGAUCAGAAGCUUUUCCAUCCAGUCUCCAAUGACUCCUUCAUCUCUAUCCAGCCUUCAUUAUCUUCUUGUGGACAGGACUUACCAAGGGACUUCAGUGACAAAGCAAGCUCCCCAAACCACCACCACCAUGUAGACCAGUCUCUUUCUAAUGCCUGUGACACAGAAGUGGCUUCUCUUGUACCAUUGCAUUCACACUCUUAUAGGAAAGACCAUCGACCUCGAGGUGUUCCACGGACCUCCAGUUCUGCUGUAGCUUUUCCAGAUACAUCUCUAAAUGAUUUCCCUCUCUAUCAGCAAAGGCGGAGUCUGGAUCCAGUCAGUGAGUUAGAAGCUUCCAAACCUCAUUCUGGAUCUAAAGAAUCUUUAGGAGAAAAUUCUUGCUUACCUGGGGAUUUUCAGGUUGGUGGUGAGGUAAAAAGCUGCAGUCCACCACCCCCUGCAAAAAGUGGAAAGAAUAAGCCUUUGAAAGCAGACAAAAGUGUAGACAGCUUAAGAAGCCUCAGUACACGGAGUAGUGGCUCAACAGAAAGCUAUUGCAGUGGAACUGACCGGGAUACUAACAGUACCAUCAGCAGCUAUAAAAGUGAACAGACUAGCUCAACUCAUAUAGAAAGUAUCUUAUCUGAGCAUGAGGAUUCUCCUAAAGUAGGGAAAAAAAAUGAUAGGAAAAAAGAGGUCUUUGUUAACCAAGAGGAAGAUAGUAGCUACACCAGUGAUAAAAGGACUAGCAGUGAAAUGACUGCUUUGGAAUUGAGUACAAAUAGUGGUGUACAGGGUGCCACAGAUUCCAAUGCCUUAGAUGAUAUACAUAGUCAGAAGGAUCUUAGUACUUCUGCAUCUGAAGAAGCUAAUAAAAAUCCUCAUGCAAAUGAAUUUACUACACAAGCAGACAAGACCAUUGGAAAAACUGACAAAAGAGAGGAGCAGAGCGAUAAGCCAGCUAUUACAGUUGACUCAAGAAUUUAUAAAGAUGUUGGUGGAAAACAAAAGGAAGGAGAUGUGCGUCCUAAGUCCUCCAGCUUAAUCCAUCGCACAUCCUCUGUUCACAAAUCAGGUAGGAGAAGGACAGGAAAAAAAAGGGCUAGCAGUUUUGACUCAAGCCGGCACAGGGAAUAUGUUUCUUUUCGAGGAAUUUCUGCUACCAAACCUCACAGUGCUAUAUUUUGCCAUGAUGAGGACUCAAGUGAUCAAAGUGAUUUGAGCAGGACUUCAAGCAUGCAAUCAGCCCAUCAGUUUAGUAGUGAUAGCUCUUCCAGUACCACUUCCCAUUCAUGUCAGUCUCCUGAAGGAAAGUACAGUGCUUUAAAGACCAAAUACAUCAAUAAAGAAAGAGGUGCUGAUUCUGAACAUACACACAAGGCUCACAUGGGUCCUGAAGGAACUAACAAAAAGCGAUCAUCACGUCGGACUAAUAGCACAAAUAGUGCUAAGAGUCGUGCUCGAGUAUUGAGCCUAGACAGUGGUACUGUUGCAUGUUUGAAUGAUGCAAAUAGGCUAAUGGCUCCAGGGAGCAUAAAACCAUUAACUACUUCAAAAUCAGAUCUUGAAGCCAAAGAAGGAGAAGUACUAGAUGAACUAUCUUUAUUGGGAAGGGCUUCACAGUUAGAAUCAGUCACUCGAUCUAGGAAUAGUUUGCCAAGCCAGGUUACUUUUCCCGAAGGGGAAGAGAAAGAUGCAGCAAGUGGAGCAGCACAGGACAGCGAGGAGAUGAUUACAUUUCGCCGUGAACGCAGCACAUUUAGGCGUCAGGCAGUACGGCGCAGGCACAAUGCAGGGAGUAACCCCACCCCUCCUACAUUGCUCAUCGGAUCACCCCUCAGCCUUCAAGAUGGUCAACAAGGCCAGCAGUCCACAGCCCAGGUCAAAGUGCAGUCCCGUCCCCCUUCCCAGGCUGCAGUGCUCAGUGCUAGUGCCUCCUUGCUGGUGAGAAAUGGGAGUGGCCACUUAGAAGCAUCACAUGACAAUGCAUCUGCUGUAGGCGGUAGCAGUUUGCAUCAUGAACUUGGCAAGUUUUCUUCCACACUUUAUGAGACUGGUGGUUGUGACAUGUCACUUGUGAAUUUUGAACCAGCAGCAAGAAGAGCAUCCAACAUCUGUGACACGGACUCUCAUGUAUCCAGUUCUACCUCAGUUCGAUUUUAUCCCCAUGAUGUGCUCUCUCUUCCCCAGAUUCGGUUGAAUAGACUUUUGACCAUUGAUCCAGAUUUGUUGGAGCAACAAGAUAUAGAUUUAAGUCCUGAUCUUCAGGAACAUAUGCAACCACAAGAAGAAGCCGCCCAAAAAGUAAAACACUAUUAUCGCUUUUGGAUUCUGCCUCAACUCUGGAUUGGCAUUAACUUUGAUAGACUUACUCUUUUAGCCCUGUUUGAUAGGAAUCGUGAGAUACUAGAAAAUGUGUUAGCUGUCAUCCUGGCUAUUCUUGUUGCUUUUUUGGGAUCUGUCCUUCUUAUACAAGGCUUCUUCAGGGAUAUCUGGGUCUUCCAGUUCUGCCUGGUGAUAGCCAGUUGUCAGUACUCACUACUUAAGAGUGUCCAACCAGAUUCUUCUUCACCUAGACAUGGUCAUAAUCGCAUCAUAGCCUAUAGUAGACCAGUUUAUUUCUGUUUAUGCUGUGGUCUUAUUUGGCUACUGGAUUAUGGUAGCAGAAACCUUCCCAUGACCAGGUUCAAGUUAUAUGGAAUGGCUUUCACCAACCCACUGCUGCUUAUGUCAGCCAGGGAUUUAGUUAUAGUGUUCACACUAUGUUUCCCCAUAGUGUUCUUUGUUGGGCUCCUGCCUCAGGUGAAUACAUUUGUGAUGUAUCUCUGUGAACAAUUGGAUAUUCAUGUGUUCGGUGGCAAUGCCACCACAAGCCUGCUUGCAGCGCUUUACAGUUUUAUCUGUAGUAUUGUGGCAGUAGCAUUACUAUAUGGACUGUGUUACGGAGCUCUAAGGGAUUCUUGGGAUGGCCAACAUAUUCCUGUACUUUUCUCUGUGUUUUGUGGUUUGUUAGUGGCGAUAUCCUAUCAUCUCAGCAGACAAAGUAGUGACCCAUCUGUACUUUUCUCUUUGGUGCAAUCAAAAAUUUUUCCAAAUACAGAAGAGAAAAAUCCAGAGGAUCCUCUGUCUGAAGUAAAAGAUCCGCUACCUGACAAACUUAGAAAUUCUGUUAGUGAACGGUUGCAAUCUGACCUUAUAGUUUGCAUAGUGAUUGGGGUGCUGUAUUUUGCAAUUCAUGUAAGCACAGUGUUCACAGUUUUACAGCCUGCUCUGAAGUAUGUUCUCUAUACGUUGGUUGGCUCAGUAGGCUUUUUAACCCAUUACAUGCUGCCUCAGGUCCGGAAGCAGCUACCUUGGCACUGUUUCUCUCAUCCACUGCUGAAAACCAAGGAAUAUUACCAGUUUGAAGUUCGAAAUGCAGCCCAUAUGAUGUGGUUUGAGAAACUUCAUGUAUGGCUUAUUUUUGUGGAGAAGAAUGUUAUAUACCCACUGAUUGUUCUUAAUGAGCUCAGUAGCAGUGCAAAAACUAUUGCUAGUCCCAAGAAACUGGAUACUGAGUUAGGCGCUUUAAUGAUCACCAUUGCUGGUUUGAAGUUGCUACGUUCUUCUUUCAGCAGCCCAACUUGUCAGUAUGUCACCGUCAUCUUUACUGUGCUCUUUUUCAAAUUUGACUAUGAGGCUUUGUCAGAGACAAUGCUAUUAGAUCUCUUCUUCAUGUCCAUAUUCUUCAACAAGCUUUGGGAACUUCUAUAUAAGUUACGGUUUGUGUAUACUUAUAUUGCACCAUGGCAGAUUACAUGGGGUUCUGCUUUUCAUGCCUUUGCCCAGCCUUUUGCUGUGCCUCAUUCAGCCAUGUUGUUUGUCCAGGCUGCUAUAUCUGCUUUCUUCUCUACUCCACUAAAUCCCUUUUUGGGAAGUGCAAUAUUCAUCACUUCAUAUGUUCGACCAGUCAAAUUCUGGGAGAGAGACUACAACACAAAGCGUGUGGAUCAUUCAAACACUCGUUUGGCUUCUCAGCUUGAUAGAAAUCCAGGAUCAGAUGACAACAAUCUGAAUUCCAUCUUUUAUGAACAUUUAACCCGUUCCUUACAGCAUAGUCUAUGUGGAGAUUUGCUGCUAGGGCGAUGGGGAAACUACAGUACUGGAGACUGUUUCAUUCUUGCUUCUGAUUAUCUCAAUGCGUUGGUACAUCUUAUAGAGAUAGGCAAUGGUCUUAUCACUUUCCAGCUGAGGGGACUUGAAUUUAGAGGUACUUACUGCCAACAACGAGAAGUAGAAGCCAUUACUGAAGGAGUAGAUGAAGAUGAUGGCUUUUGUUGCUGUGAACCUGGUCAUCUUCCUCACAUGCUCUCCUUUAAUGCUGCAUUCAGUCAGCGUUGGCUAGCUUGGGAAGUUCUUGUCACCAAGUAUGUGCUGGAAGGCUACAGCAUCACUGACAAUAGUGCAGCUUCCAUGCUGCAGGUGUUUGACCUUCGGAAAAUACUCACCACAUAUUAUGUUAAAGGUAUCAUUUAUUAUGUUACAACCUCCUCCAAACUAGAGGAAUGGCUAGCCAAUGAGACAAUGCAGGAGGGACUACGCUUAUGUGCUGACCGCAAUUAUGUUGAUGUGGACCCUACAUUUAAUCCAAAUAUUGAUGAAGAUUAUGAUCAUCGACUAGCAGGCAUAUCCAGAGAGAGUUUCUGUGUAAUUUACCUCAACUGGAUUGAAUAUUGCUGUUCUCGAAGAGCAAAGCCACUAGAUGCAGAUAAAGAUUCCUCCUUAGUAACUCUUUGUUAUGGACUCUGUGUUUUGGGACGAAGAGCUUUAGGCACUGCUGCCCACCAUAUGUCUAGUAAUUUAGAGUCCUUCUUGUAUGGCUUACACGCCUUAUUUAAGGGAGACUUCCGUAUUUCUUCAAUCAGAGAUGAAUGGAUCUUUGCUGACAUGGAAUUACUAAGAAAAGUGGUAGUCCCUGGCAUCCGGAUGUCACUUAAACUUCAUCAGGAUCAUUUUACUUCUCCAGAUGAGUAUGAUGACCCUACUGUUCUCUAUGAAGCCAUCAUGUCUCAUGAACAAAAUCUGGUAAUAGCUCAUGAAGGAGACCCUGCUUGGAGAAGUGCAGUGCUCUCUAAUUCUCCUUCCCUACUUGCUCUGCGCCAUGUAAUGGAUGAUGGCACCAAUGAAUACAAAAUCAUAAUGCUUAAUAAGCGCUACCUUAGCUUCAGAGUUAUCAAAGUGAAUAAAGAAUGUGUUCGUGGCCUUUGGGCAGGGCAACAACAGGAGUUAGUUUUCCUGCGCAACCGUAAUCCAGAAAGAGGGAGCAUCCAAAAUGCAAAACAAGCCCUGAGAAACAUGAUUAAUUCAUCAUGUGAUCAGCCUAUUGGAUACCCCAUUUAUGUCUCACCCCUGACAACAUCUUAUUCUGACAGCCAUGAACAGUUAAAAGACAUUCUGGGAGGACCUAUCAGCCUGGGAAAUAUCAGAAACUUUGUAGUAUCAACCUGGCACAGGUUAAGAAAAGGUUGUGGAGCUGGCUGUAACAGUGGAGGGAACAUUGAAGAUUCGGAUGCAGGAGGUGGGACUUCCUGCACUAAUAAUAAUGCAACAAAUGCCAAUGAACCUCACAGCAACAUGUCACAAGGAGGCAAUGGAAAUUCAGGGCAAGGGCCUGGAGCUGGGCUCUACCCUCCUGUCACAUCCCAACUUCCAACACUUGGUACCAGCCACAGCUCUCACUCUGUACAAUCAAGUCUGGUUAGGCAUUCUCCUGCUCGUGCCUCAGUUGCCAGUCAAUCCUCUUACUGCUAUAGUAGCCGUCAUUCAUCUCUCCGAAUGUCCACUACAGGAUUUGUACCUUGUCGGCGCUCUUCCACCAGUCAGAUUUCCCUUCGUAAUUUGCCAUCAUCCAUCCAGUCCCGCCUUUCCAUGGUGAACCAAAUGGAACCUUCUAACCAGACUGGCCUGGCCAGUAUGCAGCAUGGUCUUCCAUCUUCCAGCAGCUCCAGCCAAAGUAUCCCAGCCUGCAAACAUGCCCUUGUGGGUUUUCUAGGGACAGAAGGACAGAAUAUUGCCACUGAUUCACAAUCAGGGAACAAUUUAAGUCCUGCCAAUAAUCCACAAGCCAAAAAGGGAGAUGUGAUUUAUAGAAUCCAAAUUGUGGAUCCCAGUCAGAUUUUGGAAGGGAUCAACCUGUCAAAAAGGAAGGAGCUGCAGUGGCCAGAUGAGGGAAUUCGGUUAAAAGCAGGGAGAAAUAGCUGGAAAGACUGGACUCCUCAGGAAGGCAUGGAAGGACAUGUGAUUCACCGAUGGGUGCCUUGCAGCAGAGAUCCAGGUAGUAGAUCCCACAUAGACAAGACUAUCCUCCUGGUCCAGAUUGAUGACAAAUAUGUUGCUGUGAUCGAAACUGGAGUACUAGAACUUGGGGCUGAAGUGUAA